AUGACGGUCGUCGUGGAGCGAUGCUCGGAGGCGCGGCUCAGGACAAGCGUCGACGCCGACAGCUGGGACUCCAUCCAGCAGGGGCUUGUCAUCAGGGUAGCGGUCGCAGCUGGCGCCAGCCCAACGUUGGUGGCCUCGGUGGCGCAGUCGCUGCUAUCCGCGAAGCUGUCCUCCGCGUCUGGGGGAGCCGACGCGGCAGAGCCGGCCGAGUCCGUCGCAGAGCCGUGGCCGGCGGGCCGCCCUGAGGGCCUUCAUGGGGUCCUUGGGAGCCACCGGGGCGGCUGCGGUGUGGAGCCCGCAGGGUGCCACGAGGUUCGAGAUUCACGGAUCGAACUUUUGUGA